GGUUAGAGAGAGAAAGAAAGAGGCAUUUUUGUUCAUUCAUCAUCUGCUCUAUCUUCAUCUUCUUCCCCUGCCAUUGCCACUGAAGCAAAACCUUUUAACCUCAACCACCUCCCUCCUUUAUAAUCUGCUCCCAACUCCCACCAUAACCCCCUCAAUAGUCUCACCUCCAUUAUUACCCAAAUGCCCCCACUUGCCCCCCUAACAAUCACAGUCGUCUCCCCCAGAUGCCCUUUCUUGAAAUCCCCUCAAGGAGCAGAACAGUGAACAGACCCACCAAUCCUCGAGCUUCCUUCGAGAAAAUGGCGUAAUCUUGCUGCCCUUUUCUCGCCCAUCAACGAUGAGACGGGAGAUCAUCUUCCUUCAAGAUUCAAGAAAACCCAUUGAGCCUAAACCCACCCUGACGCAGUCCAUUGAGAGCCUGUCCUCCCUCAUCUCCCUCACCCACUCAAUCAGGGUCUUUGCUGUGAAAUGGCAGCUCAUACGGAACAAGCUGGAGGAGCUCAAGUCGGGCCUCGUCUCCGCCGAGGACUUGGACGAGAACCCGGCCGUCUCGGGGCUAAUCAGGGCGGUCAUGGCCACCGUCGCCGAAAGCUUCGAUCUUGCGAGGAGCUGCGUGGAUCUUUCCUACAGCGGGAAGCUGCUGAUGCAGAGCGACCUCGACAUUGUUCUGGGCAAGUUCGACCUCCACUUGAAGAGCCUGAACGAAAUCUACUGCUCAGGUAUGUUGACUCCAGGCCACGCCCUUAUCGUGUCGAAACCCGGGAUUGGGGCUUGCAAGGAUGACCUGAGGUUCUAUGUUAAGGAUUUGCUCACUAGGAUGAAGAUUGGUGACAUUGAUAUGAAGAGACAGGCUUUAGUCAGUUUGCUUGCGGUAGUUAGGGAGGAAGAUAAGUAUGUCAAGAUAGUUGUCGAAAUUGGGGAGGUUCUGGGUGUGUUAGUCGGCUUUCUUGACACUCCUGAACCCGGGAUUCAGGAGCUGUCCGCGAAGGUGAUCUCGGUGGUGGCGGGUUUCGAUUUGUGCAAGGGGACCUUGGUCUGUUCCGGGGUUAUCGCUCCAUUGGUUCGGGUUCUUGAGUGCGGGUCCGCGGCUGGGAAGGAAUGGGCUGCGAGGUGUUUGAACAAAUUGACCCAGAAUGCAGACAACGCAUGGUCGGUUUCAGCCCAUGGAGGCGUAACGGCUCUGUUGAUGAUAUGUUCAGGCGAGUGUUCCACUGCCGAAAUGAUCGGGCCUUCUUGCGGAGUCCUCAGGAAUCUCGUUGGGGUGGAGGAGAUAAAGCGGUUCAUGGUUGAGGAAGGAGUGGUCUCGAUAUUUGUCAAGCUCGUGAGAUCGAAGGACGAUAUGGUUCAGAUGAAUGCGAUGGAGUUCCUCCAAGCGAUAGCUUCAGGGGAUGAGAUCACUCGGCAAAUGGUCAUUAAAGAAGGAGGAAUUUGCGCCCUCCUGAAGAUAUUGGAUCCUCUCUCGGCUCAGUCCAACAAGUCCCGAGAGGUUGCCCUUCGAGCGAUUGAGAAUCUGUUCUUCUCUUCAGCAAGUUGCAUUAACAUGCUGGUAAAUUUCGGGUUUCUGGAGCUUCUAGUACAUUAUCUUCGGAAAGGCGAGGCUUCGGUCCAAGAAAUAGCCCUGAAAGUUGCCUCGAGGCUCUGUUCCACUUCAGCGGAAGCCAAGAAACUGUUGGGAGUCGCAGGAUUCAUGGCGGAGUUUGUGAAGUUCCUUGAUGCGAAGUCGUUCGAGGUCCGUGAAAUGGCAGCAGAGGCCCUGUCGAGCAUGGUCAUGGUCCCGAAGAACCGGAAGCGGUUCGUGCAGGAGGACCAGAACAUCGGGUUCCUCCUUCGGUUGCUUGACCCUGAGGACGGGAACCCAGCAUACAAGAAGUUCUUGCUGUCCACCCUAACGGCGAUCACCAGCUGCAACAGCGGGAGGAGGAAGAUCGUGAAUUCUGGGUAUCUCAAGAACAUCGAGAAGCUUGCGGACGCAGAGGUUUCUGACGCGAAGAAGCUUGUCAGGAAGCUCUCAACAAACAGAUUCAAGAGCAUGCUGAGCGGGAUGUGGCAUUCUUGAUCCUUGUCUUUUUCCUGCCUGUUCACUGUAUAUGUUUACACGAGUGAAUUACUUAGUUUUCUUAGAAAAUGUUUUUUGCUCUCUCUCAUUUCGUUUUCUCUCUGCGCUUUUUUCUGUGGAAAAACAGCUUUAGAACAGCUUUUUUUUUCCCCCCUUUUUUCUUCUCUCUUUCUUUUGUUCAUAAGAUUGUAUGACUACAGCAAAUUAGCAGUUGCAGAAGUAAUAAGAAAAAAAAUCUGCUGGUGCAUUUGGUAUA